AUGGAAAACGACAACAUCACGGAAAAAGCAAAACCGGAAGAGGUGCUCGUAAGCAGCGAUGGCCUUCCAGUUCCGGUAGCACCUAAGAACUCGUUGUGCAGCAAAGGCAUGCGUCAGAACGCGUCGCUUGGCAACCUUUUUGGUCAAGACAACGUCACGCCGCUUAGGUCGCUUCCCACAGUGCGUAGUUGCGACUUCAUGGCCGCCGGCAAUUUGACCCCUCCAUUCCGCAGCGCUAGCUAUUUGGGGUCCCGUCGAAUGAGUGCCAACGUCAGUCCCGGUGAAUCUAGCCUUAACAGCCUAGAGUUGGAAGCAAUUGCGGCCGUGCAUGAACUGCAGUUCGCCGUCAAAGACAUUUACGUCAGUGAAAUGCUUCCGCGUACCUCCGAGUUGAUUUUCCUGAACAUCACCACUCUUGAGACCUUGUGCAGUAACAGUCCCUCUAAGGACGAAUUACGUCGCCCUGCGAAUCCGGUGAAUAACCUCAUUUGUGCUACGCUGCUCACGGUAUGGAGAGCGACCGUUGGCUAUUAA